AUGGGUGGCAACGUUAACGCUCGCUUCCUUAUGCAGGUCACAGAGGAGCAGAGAUGCCGUAUACUUCUCGGCUUGAAUAUAUGCCACAGCUGUUCCCAUAUCAGCUGCGGGCAACUGUAUGAUGAGUGGGAGAAUGGGCGUUGCAUUUAUAACUUUUUCCUUACCGUCAAAGUGAAACGCCUUCUACGACGUCAUUAUGAGCAGGUGGUUGCACCUCACGUCGCUAGUGGUUCGAUCGAUGAGAAGCGUCUCUGGUCAACCAUCUCAAUUGCAACCAUGGACGAAGUCUAUACUUGUCGGGUGGCUGGAUUCCGAAACCGCGACGAAUACUACACUGCCUGCGAAUCGUUGCCACAUCUCCACAAAAUUCGAGUGCCAACGAUUUUCCUAUUCGCCAAAGACGACCCCAUACUCCCGAAAUGCCUGUGGGAACCAGUGAAGGAAUUCGCUUCUAUCACCGAAAACAUGGCGUUUAUCAUGACCCGGCACGGUGGUCAUCUGGGUUUUCAUGAAGGUGGAUUUUUCUUUCCGAAUUCUGUCUCUUGGGUCAACCGAUUCAUUGUGGCCGUGGCUGAUCAAGCCGUGAAAGUCCACGCCCAAUGA